GUUUUCUUCCUUUUGAGAAAGACUCCUUUGAUCUUAUGAUUUGAUCAAGCCAGUUGUCUUGUGAUGGCCAUUAAUCCUUCUACUUCCAACUCUGUUUCGAUCCCUAUUUCCGGCUCUGUUCCGAUCCCUGCUUUCGGUUUUGUUUUGAUCUUUGCUUCCGUUGGUUCUUGAGUUUUCUUUCUUCUUCUUUGCCAUUUUUCUGUUUUGAUGGAGAGGAAUCCUUCAAAAUUUGCUGUUAUGGCUCCAGUUGCUCGGGAUAUUGCCGAGAUGGGGGUGGAUCCCAUUGUCAGAGCCUUUCUUCUUUCGAAUCCAAGUGUUUUGACAUUUUCCAUUUUCCUGGCUAGUUUGUGGAGCGCUGCAUCCAAGAACAACACCACCUUCAUCACCUCAAUCCUUCUAUCUCCGGCUUCUCCAAAUGCUCCCCUAAUUCCAACUGCCGAGAUCGUGAAAGGAGGCGAGAAAGGGAACGCUGCUCGGAAUGCUACAAUUGCCAGCAUGAGGAGGAAGCCAAGGAGCAGUAAGGAUUGGGCAACUUUUGAGGAUGUAGGGAAUUCUGUUAUAGCUAUUCACAGUUGGAGUAGUUUUGUGAAUGCGGAGGUUCUUAAGGUUUAUGAUGAUGGUUUUCAUUAUCCAUCUGUUUUUCGCAACUCAUUGGUACUUUGGAUUCUCGCUGCUUGCAUGCUAAGGUUGAUCUUAUUUAGAUACGAGGGAAGAGCAAAGGUAUGAUAAACAUGUGUUGUCAGUUUAAGAAUGCUAUGAUUUAUUAAAAAAGAAGAAAGAACUUAUCUCUUUUGUUGCUUUUGUCUUGAAUCGUCCAAUUUUGCUUAUCAACAAUUGAAUGAGCUAGCUUCAAAGAUUUUGCUUUAAAAAGCUCUAUUUCUAACUUGAGUUUUGGUCUAAAAUUUGCAUUAACCUCUGUAACGCAUCUUGCAUAGCUUUUUUCUGGGUAUUUAUGUACACUCAAAGCUUGCUCGUCGUUUUUUGCUUGGGUGUUUAUGUACACCCAAACUUACUUAUAGCUUUCGUUUGCCUGUGUAUCUUUUGCUUGGGUAUUUUGUGUACACCCAAACUUGCUUGUAGCUUUUUGCUUGUCUGUGUAACUUCUGCUUAGGUAUUUUGUGUACACCCAAACUUGCUCGUAGCUUUUUGCUUGUUUGUGUAACUUCUGCUUGGGUAUUUAAUGUACACCCAAACUUGCUCACAACUUUUUGCUUGCUUGUGUAACUUAUGCUUGGGUAUUUAAUGUACACCCAAACUUGCUCACAGCUUUUUGCUUGCUUGUGUAACUUCUACUUGGGUAUUUAAUGUACACCCAAACUUGCUCACAGCUUUUGCUUGUCUGUGUAACUUAUGCUUGGGUAUUUUAUAUACACCCAAACUUGCCCACAGCUUCUACUUGUGUAACUUCUACUUGGGUAUUUAAUGUACACCCAAACUCGCUCACAGCUUUUGCUUGCCUGUGUAACUUAUGCUUGGGUAUUUUAUGUACACCCAAACUUGCUCACAGCUUCUGCUUGUGUAACUUCUGCUUGGGUAUUUAAUGUACACC